UUUACAAAAAGUUAACCCAGCAAACUCCCAGUUCGCGUAUCACGAACGACGUAAUUGAUGCGCCAAACCACAUCCUGUGGCAAGCCGUAACCAUCCGGCAUCUAAAGCUACCUGGUAGUUAAUUAGUAGUUAAAUUAUUAUUCAUUUCAACUUCACCCAUCGACCUCUUCUAGGCCUAUCCGGGGCCAGUCUCCGAUCUGAAUUUAUAUGCGACGAUGAGGUUCUCUAUCCUUUCCGUGGGCCUCCUGACCCUCCUUACCCCGUUGACUGCAGCAUGGACGAAAGAAGAUCGCGAGAUCUUCCGCCUGCGCGACGAGAUCUCCCAGUACGAGGGCGCCAAUGUCACCUUCUACGACUUCCUCGGCGUCUCACCGCGCGCUACCCAAGACGAGAUCAACAAGGCCUACCGCAAGAAGUCCCGUGCUCUACAUCCAGAUAAAGUCAAGCAGCAGCUGUCGGCCGAGCGUGCUAAGCAGGCGAAGUCGAAGGGCAAGGGGAAGAAACCCGGUGUCCAUGUUACGAAACAGCCUACACAAUCCGAAAUCAAGGCCGCUAUUAAAGCCGCCGGCGAUCGUCAAGCCCGUCUGUCCAUCAUCGCCAACAUUCUCCGAGGCUCUGGUCGUGCUCGUUAUGAUCAUUUCAUGUCCAACGGGUUCCCCGUAUGGAAGGGCACCGAAUACUACUACAGUCGUUACCGGCCGGGGCUGGGCACCGUGUUAUUUGGGUGCCUGCUCGUGGGCGGCGGUGGCUUCCACUACAUAGCCCUAUAUAUGAGCUGGAAACGGCAACGUGAGUUCGUCGAACGGUAUAUCAACUUCGCGAGACAGGCCGCUUGGGGUGACAACCUCGAAAUCCCGGGUGUCGACACACCCGCCGCUGCUACUCCACCCCCAGCAGACGACGACCAACAGCCCCUGAUGGCGAUGAACCGCAAGCAGCGGCGACUUCAGGAGCGGGACCAACGCAAGGAAUCGGCCAAGGGAGGAAAACGCCAGCCGCGCGGUAGAGGACGUCCCGGGCAGCAAGCAAGUGGCAGCGCAACACCUGUACCGCAAACUCAGGGAACCGGCCCGACGGGUCCUAAAAAGCGUGUCGUGGCUGAGAAUGGUAAAGUACUUGUUGUUGAUUCGCUUGGCGACGUGUACCUCGAGCAAGAGGAUGCAGACGGCAAUGUGGAGGAAUUCCUUCUCGACCUCAGCGAAUUUCCCCAGCCUACAAUCAAGGAUACCGCACUCGUCAAGCUCCCUGUCUGGGUCUACUCAGCCACCCUAGGCCGAGUCUUCGGCUCCCGCAAGCCCACCGACGACUCGCACGACCAAGUUGACGAGGAUGACGAGAGGCAAGGCGCCGACGAUCUCGCAGACGACUCCUCAUCCGACCAAGCGCAGCGAACGCCCUCGACGGAUUCGGCCGAAGACUUCGAGCUCCUAGGGACUAGCGUCGAGGACCUACCCAAUAAGCCGAAAGUGACGAGCAGCCAAGCGCAGCAGAGCAACAAGGCCAAGAAGAGGAACAAGAAACGCUAGAGACGGGACUUGAGAAGCCGGGGCGGAUCGGCGGAUGGGGCUGAGGAGUCUUGGAUGCUUUUACGCGUAUGACAGGGUGGACGUAUAUAUAAAGGUGUCCUCGCGACACUCUGGUGUAUGCAGUAACCUGUGUAGCGGAUCAUAAAAGUGAAUCUAUUCAAUUUAGAGAACCAUGUGCUCGAGAUUUUCCAGUCCGGUGAUAGACAGCGACAGUUAUUCCACUCCUAGCACGUAAUGUGUAUAGUUAAUACAUUCACGGUCUAAACGUUCGGUCUUCAAAA